AGCUAGUUAUUCAUAACACCUUCCUCAGUCCAUGUUUUUUUUAAGAUACCUCAAAAUAUGUAGUUGUAAGACUGUCUUCAUUUUUUGAGUGAAUGAAAGUGUAGGAUGGCAUACUUAUCUAUUCAAUUGUCAGGGUAUGUUGUGCCGUAAUUGGUCGAUGUCGCUCGCAUCGCUGGCAGGAGGAGAAGAGCCAACCAGCAGACGGAGGAGGAAAGAGGAAGUGAAAACAUCAGCACUAACGCGGAGGAGAGCAGGCAAACGAGCUAGAGAGAGAACGACUGCUACAAAGUCCGAACAUCAGCACUUUAUUGCGGUGGAAAAGUCGCCUUACCUCGCCAGGCUUGGAUGCGUGUCGAGCAGCAGUGAGAGACUCCACCCCCGUGUCGCCAUAGCAGUUAGAGGCUCCGCCUUGGUUGCUGAGGUCACCUGAGGGCCCGCCCUCCCUCCCCCGCCCGCCGCAGUCAUGCCGCCACCUGCGGACAUCGUGAAGGUGGCCAUCGAGUGGCCAGGGGCCUUCCCCAAACUCAUGGAGAUCGACCAGAAAAAGCCACUCUCGGCCAUCAUUAAAGAAGUGUGCGAGGGAUGGUCAGUGCAGAACUAUGAAAACUACGCCCUGCAAAAUGCAGACUCCACAAACUUCUACAUCACAGAGAAGAAUCGCAAUGACAUCAAGAACGGCUCCAUCCUGCGACUGACCAAAUCCCCCGCCACGACGGCGCUGGAGCUGCACGAACGCAUCCAGUCGUCCAGCAUGGACGCCAAGCUGGAGGCCCUGAAGGACCUGGCCAGCUCCUCGCGUGACGUCACCUUCGCCCAGGAGUUCAUCAAUCUGGACGGCAUCUCCCUGCUCACGCAGAUGGUGGAGAGUGGCACAGAACGAUAUCAGAAACUACAGAAGAUAAUGAAGCCCUGCUUCGGAGACCUGUUGUCCUUCACGCUGACGGCCUUCGUUGAGCUCAUGGACCACGGCAUCGUCUCCUGGGACACCUUCUCCGUGGCCUUCAUCAAGAAGAUCGCCGGAUACGUCAGCAAGUCGGCCAUGGACGCCGCCGUGCUCCAGCGCUCUCUGGCCAUCCUGGAGUCCAUGGUGCUCAACAGCCAGGACCUCUACCAGAAGGUGGCGCAAGAGAUCACCAUUGGUCAGCUCAUCCCCCACCUUCAGGGGCCUGAUCAGGACAUCCAGACGUACACCAUUGCAGUGAUUAAUGCGUUGUUCCUCAAAGCUCCCGAGGAGAAGAGACAGGAAAUGGCUCACAUUCUUGCACAGAAACAGCUGCGCUCAAUCAUCCUCGCUAAUGUGAUCAGGAGUACGAAGCCCAUUAAUGAUGAGAUGGCCCACCAGCUGUACGUGCUGCAGGUGCUGACCUUCAACCUCCUGGAGGACCGCAUGAUGACCAAGAUGGACCCUCAAGACCAGGCUCAGAGGGACAUCAUCUUUGAGCUGCGCCGCAUCGCCUUCGACGUGGAGUGUGACUCCACCAACAGCGGCAGCAUCGAGAAGCGCAAGUCCAUGUACACACGCGACUACAAGAAACUGGGCUUCAUUAAUCAUGUGAAUCCAGCCGUUGACUUCACUCAGAUUCCUCCAGGGAUGCUGGCUCUGGACAACAUGCUGUACUUUGCCCGCCACCAUCAAGACUCCUACGUCAGGAUCGUGCUGGAGAACAGCAGCAGGGAGGACAAGCACGAGUGUCCGUUUGGCCGCAGCAGCAUCGAGCUGACCAAGAUGCUCUGCGAGAUCCUCAAAGUCGGCGAACUGCCGAGUGAGAACUGCCAUGACUUCCACCCCAUGUUCUUCACCCACGACCGGUCCUUCGAGGAGUUCUUCUGCAUCUGCAUACAGCUCCUCAACAAGACCUGGAAAGAGAUGAGGGCCACAUCAGAGGACUUCAACAAGGUGAUGCAGGUGGUGAGAGAGCAGAUUAUGCGAGCGCUGACGGUCAAGCCUAACUCCCUGGACCAGUUCAAGACCCGCCUACAAAACCUCAGCUACACCGAGAUCCUCAAGAUCCGCCAGUCCGAGAGGAUGAACCAGGAGGACUUCCAGUCACGGCCCAUCCUUGAACUCCGUGAGAAGAUCCAGCCGGAGAUCAUGGAGCUGAUCAAGCAGCAGCGCCUCAACCGCCUAUGUGACGGCACCUGCUUCAGGAAGAUCAGCAGCCGCAGGAGGCAAGAUAAGUUCUGGUACUGUCGCCUGUCUCCUAAUCAUAAAGUCCUGCACUAUGGUGAUCUGGAGGAGAGCCCCCAGGGAGAGGUGCCCCAUGAUUCACUGCAGGAGAAGCUACCCGUGGCUGACAUCAAAGCUGUCGUCACAGGCAAGGACUGCCCUCACAUGAAGGAGAAAGGAGCUCUCAAGCAGAACAAGGAAGUGCUGGAGCUGGCCUUCUCCGUCCUCUACGAGUCCGAUGAGUACUUAAACUUCAUUGCCCCUGACAAACACGAGUACUGUGUGUGGACAGAUGGGCUGAAUGCCCUGCUAGGGAAGGAGAUGACCAGCGAGUUCACCAAGAGCGACCUGGACACCCUCCUCAACAUGGAGAUGAAACUCCGCCUCCUGGACCUGGAGAACAUCCAGAUCCCAGAGGCUCCGCCCCCCAUUCCCAAGGAGCCUAGCAACUAUGACUUUGUCUAUGACUGUAACUGAAAACAGAACAAACACCCACUGGACCAAUAUUUCCUUUUUUCUCUCUGAAAAAAAUUGUUACUGGAAGUUUUAAAUGAAAAAAAAAACUUUUAGACAAACUGUUGCAAUGAAAAAAUGAACAAGAAAAAAAAAAAAGAUUUCACUUUUCUCUUUGCUAAAGCUGUCUUUAAAAAAAGAAAAGCAAGCUUCUCAAUAGGUGCACCGACUUUCGACCAUAAAUAUGAACUCAGCCUUGGGGAACCUGCCACUAACGUCACACGCAACAAUGGAGGAGACACCAACCAACACCUGACUCCAUUCAUCCAUCCAACCUCCCCCUCCAAUGCUCCCUGUCCUCACUUGUUCCCUCCUUCGUCUCCACAGAUACAUCCAGGGUCUUCUGAGGAAGUCGCCCAGUUCUCAUAGAAAUGCUGUAUUCUUGAGCUCGGUCAUGGUGUUUCCCCGUUAAGCUUUCAUGUCGUUCUCAGGCUGUUGUAACCCUAGGGUCCUCACUGGCAUUGCCGUGAGGGAGAGUGUAGGUCAAGUGGUGUGGUGGGGUAACUGCUACUGAACUAUUGUUCACCAAUACGCCACCCAUCCCACACAAGUGGCAGCUAAAGUCUGGAAAGGGUAUGAGAAGAGCGUUGGGGGGGGGGGGGGGGUGAAGGAUGGGGUGAAGGGAAGUGUAAGAAGGGAAAGAGAGUUGUAUUAUCUGGUGUCUCUUUUUUUUUUUUUGUUCCUCCUCCGCUUUCACGUACCUGUAGACUGUUAUUAACCAGGCUGUGGUCACUGAGCACUGCCUCCUUUACAACCGUAUAUCAACAUCGUCGUCAUGACUACACCUACAGUACUUAAUCAUCCUUGCCCAGUCUGCUUGCUUUCCUUUUUCUUUCAUUCUUUCUCCCUGUUUUUCUUUCUUUGUCUCAUGGUGUCUUUCUCCUGUUCCUGGUCACCCAUACUGGUUCAGGGCAAAGACUGCUGGAUCGUUCCAGAGCAAUACCGAGCUUUCCACUCGUGUGAUUUUGUAAGCUGGUCUGACUCUUCUGUAAUGGUUGUGAAGCUGCCAAGUAGUCAGUGUUAUGGGGGGACCAUCGUAUGUAUGUACAUUUGUCAGUAAAGGGAAGACAUUUUUUUGGUUUCUUUAGGUUUUUUAAAUUUGUUUUUAUUCUGGGACCAUGACACCUUUUGGAAAUUCCUAUUUAAUUUAAUUGAAAAAAAUUAUUAUGGUUAUUACUUGUAGAAUUUUAUUUUCUCCCAUUGUUAUUGGCUGAGUCCAUCAAUCUGCUGUUUACAUUAAAAAUUGAUUAAAUGAGAAAA